CUUCUCACGCGACGAAGAGGUCGAUCUACGAUCCUCUAGUUCUCUAGUGCGCCUGGCGUGGUGCUCGCGAACGGCUCGUUGCGUUGACAAGGCUUGCCGGCUGAUUAAAUGUGUCAGUAUGGAACAGCAGGCGAUGGACGAGUUUUGCGGCAGCAAGUUUUGGGAUGCUAAUUUAACAUGGAACACAAACGAUCCAGAUCUAACAGAAUGCUUCCAAAAAACGAUACUAAUAUGGGUACCAUGUAUAUUUUUAUGGGUAUUCUCAGUGAUGGAAGCAUAUUACCUUAUAAAUAGUAAAAGAAGAAAUGUCCCAUACACAUGGUUAUUUAUUUCUAAACAAGUACUUACAAUAGCAUUAAUUCUACUUUCUGUAAUUGAAAUAAUACUAGUAACGCAAGAAAGUAACGUCUACAGAGUAGAUUAUUACACACCAUCUAUAAAAAUUGUUACCUUUAUAUUAGCAUCUAUUUUAUUGACAUAUAAUAAAAAACAUGGAAUGCGGACGUCGGGUCUUUUAUUCCUAUUUUGGUUUUCUCUUGUCUUAUGUGGAUGUGUGCAAUAUAGAGUUUCUAUAAAUGUAUUGAUGGGUAAUAAAGAAGGAUCAAUGUAUCUAUCGGUAUGCUAUAUGAUCUAUUAUCCAAUAAUUGUGAUAUUGUUUAUACUUAAUUUCCUGGUUGACGCAGAGCCUAGAUUCUCCGAAUAUCCUACGGUCGAAACACCAUGUCCAGAACAAAGUUCUUCUUUCCCAUCAAGAAUUCUUUUUGCAUGGUUCGAUGCCUUAGCAUGGAAAGGUUUCCGAAAACCACUCGAAACAUCCGAUUUGUGGUCCAUGAAUCCAGAGGAUAUGGCCACCGAAAUAGUGCCGAAAUUUGAUAAAUAUUGGAAUAAAAGUUUGAUAAAAAGAGACGAGCUGGUUUGGACUUACUUUAGAGUAGAAAAUGCAAAAGCAUCAUAUCGAAAAGCAUCUGGACAAGUGGACUUUAAUGGCAGUCAAAAAAAGAAAAUUGCUUCCAUUUUACCGCCUAUCUGCAAAGCUUUCGGUGCGACAUUCACGUUUGGUGCUUUCCUGAAGAUGAUUCAAGACAUUAUGACUUUUAUUAGUCCUCAAAUAUUAAAGCUUUUAAUUGCCUUUAUCGAGGGAGAAGACGAUAUAUGGAAAGGAUAUUUUUAUUCUGUAUUACUUUUACUUACAGCAGUACUUCAGACAUUAAUACUAUCCCAAUAUUUUCAUCGUAUGUUUUUAGUUGGAUUGCGUAUACGUACCGCAUUAAUCGCGGCAAUUUAUCGUAAAGCAUUGAGACUGUCGAACGCAUCCAGGAAGGAAUCCACACUCGGUGAAAUAGUAAAUCUAAUGUCUGUAGAUGCUCAAAGAUUUAUGGAUUUAACCGCAUACAUAAACAUGAUAUGGUCGGCUCCUCUACAAAUAGCCUUAGCUUUAUAUUUUCUAUGGGAUAUGUUGGGUCCGGCGGUACUUGCUGGUUUAGCAGUUAUGAUCAUUCUUAUUCCCAUAAAUGGCUUAAUCGCGAACAAAGUGAAAACAUUACAAAUCAAACAGAUGAAAAACAAAGACGAGAGGGUAAAGUUAAUGAACGAAGUACUUAAUGGUAUUAAAGUGUUGAAACUGUACGCGUGGGAACCUUCAUUUGAGCAGCAGAUACUUAAAAUCAGAGUCAAAGAAAUCCAAGUGUUAAAAGAAGCGGCAUAUUUGAAUGCCGGCACGAGCUUUAUAUGGUCGUGCGCACCCUUUUUGGUAGCAUUGGUAUCUUUCACAACCUAUGUACUUAUAGACGAAACUAAUGUCCUAAACAGUACAAUUGCCUUUGUUUCACUCAGUUUGUUCAAUAUCUUAAGAUUUCCACUUUCUAUGCUGCCUAUGAUGAUUGGUAAUAUAGUUCAAACUUAUGUCUCUGUAAAACGCAUUAAUAAAUUUAUGAACAUGGAGGAAUUGGAUCCUAAUAAUGUGCAGCAUGAUCCAUUGGAAGCACAUCCGUUAGUAAUUGAGAAUGGUAACUUCUCUUGGGACAAUGAUCCAGUUGAGAGACCAAUACUGCAAAAUAUCAAUUUCCAUGCAGAACAAGGUCAAUUAGUAGCAAUAGUUGGUACAGUAGGAUCAGGCAAGAGUUCUCUUCUAUCUGCUCUGCUUGGCGAGAUGGAGAAAUUAAAUGGAAAAGUAAACACAAAAGGCUCGAUUGCAUACGUUUCUCAGCAACCGUGGAUACAAAAUGCCACGUUACAGGAUAAUGUUUUAUUCGGAAAAGCCUUGAAUAAAUCUGUAUAUAAUCGCAUAAUUGAAGGAUGUGCAUUAAGUCCGGAUCUCAAGAUGUUACCUGCGGGUGAUCAAACAGAGAUCGGAGAGAAAGGCAUAAAUCUGUCUGGCGGUCAAAAGCAGAGAGUAGCCUUAGCCAGAGCUGUAUAUAACGAUUCGGAAAAUUAUUUCUUAGAUGAUCCUUUAAGCGCGGUAGAUUCUCAUGUAGGGAAACACAUUUUUGAGAAUGUGAUAGGUCCGAACGGUCUGUUGAAGAAAAAAACAAGAAUACUUGUUACACAUAGCAUCACGUAUCUGCCGGAAGUCGACAACAUUAUUGUUCUUAAUGAUGGCGUGAUAACGGAGACUGGAACUUAUAAGCAAUUACUGGAGAGAAAGGGCGCUUUCGCCGAAUUUUUAGUACAUCACUUACAAGACGUUGGAAAUCUGCACGUUCAUGAUGGUUCCGAAGAAGAUUUACAUGAAAUUAAACAACAGCUUGAAUCAACAAUCGGAGCGGACGAAUUGCAACACAAGUUAACUCGAGUACGAUCAAGAAUGUCCGAAAGUUUAAGUGAAUCUGGUUCUAUGACCGAUAAGACUGAUAGAAAAUCACUCAAUGGUUCUCUAAAAAGGCAAUAUUCAACAGAAAGUCAACAAUCGACAAAUUACAUGCAUAGCAACAGCACAAAGGAAAAAGAAACAUCGAAACCUAAUAAUACUGGAGAGAAACUGAUAGAAGUCGAAAAAGCGGAAACUGGAAGUGUGAAAUGGAAAGUGUAUUCUCACUAUUUACAAUCUAUUGGAUGGUUUUUAUCAAUAUCAACGAUCGUGAUGAAUGCAAUUUUUCAAGCAUUCAGCAUCGGUUCGAAUAUUUGGCUCAGCCGUUGGUCGAACGAUAAUUUGACCCUCCCGAACGGCACAAUUGAUACACCAACACGGGACAUGUACCUCGGAAUAUAUGGUGUGCUUGGUUUCGGACAAGGCGUGUCGAUAUUCACAAUGGGGAUAUUCCUGGCUAAAGGGACGACAAUCGCUUCUAGUCAUAUCUUCCAGAAUACAAUGCAACACGUUCUUCGCAAUCCAAUGUCAUUUUUUGACACAACUCCGACUGGUCGAAUUCUUAGUCGGCUUGGUAAAGAUAUUGAUAUUGUUGACAAUGCUCUACCGAAUUACCUACGUAAUUGGAUGAAUUUUCUUUUUGGGGUCAUAGCCACUCUCUUUGUUAUAAGCUAUAGUACACCUAUAUUUAUCGUGGUGAUAUUGCCAGUAGGCGCAGUUUAUUAUUUCAUUCAACGUUUUUAUGUUGCGACAUCGCGACAAUUAAAACGAUUAGAGUCUGUAUCAAGAUCUCCUAUAUAUUCGCAUUUUAGUGAAUCAGUGACUGGAGCACAAUUAAUUAGAGCAUAUGGCGUGCAAGAACAAUUUAUUCGCGAGUCUGAAAAUAGAGUAGACUUCAAUCAAGUGUGUUAUUAUCCUAGUAUUAUUGCAAAUAGAUGGUUGGCUGUAAGACUGGAAAUGGUGGGAAAUUUAAUUAUAUUCUUCGCAGCAUUGUUUGCUGUUUUGGGUAGGAAUACUAUGAGUUCAGGACUUGUCGGUCUAUCAGUCAGCUAUGCCUUACAAAUUACUCAGACUUUGAACUGGCUGGUACGCAUGACAUCCGAUGUUGAAACCAAUAUUGUCGCAGUAGAGAGAAUAAAAGAAUAUGGAGAAACGGAACAGGAAGCACCAUGGAAAAAUGCGGACUAUACACCUCCACAAGAUUGGCCUAAGCAAGGUCGUGUCGACUUCAAGGAUUUUAAAGUUCGUUACAGGGAGGGAUUGGAGCUCGUGCUGCACGGUUUGACUUUCGGCGUACACGGCGGUGAGAAGAUCGGUAUUGUGGGCAGAACUGGCGCCGGAAAAUCAUCUUUGACUCUCUCGCUCUUCAGAAUAAUCGAGGCAGCUCAUGGGAAAAUCUUAAUCGAUGAUAUUGAUAUCUCUAAAAUGGGUCUUCAUGAUCUACGCUCAAGAUUGACCAUUAUCCCACAGGAUCCCGUAUUGUUUUCUGGAACACUGAGAAUGAACCUAGAUCCUUUUGUUUGCUAUUCCGAUGACGAGAUUUGGACAGCGUUGGAACACGCUCAUCUAAAAUCAUUUGUAAAAAACUUGCCAAAUACUCUUUUACACGAGGUUUCUGAAGGCGGGGAGAAUUUAAGUGUAGGGCAGCGACAAUUGAUUUGUUUGGCGAGAGCGUUACUUAGAAAAACGAAGGUUCUCGUAUUAGAUGAGGCAACAGCCGCGGUUGAUUUAGAAACAGAUGAUUUGAUUCAGACUACCAUCCGCCAAGAAUUUAAGGAUUGUACAGUUCUUACAAUAGCUCAUAGACUUAACACUAUUCUAGAUUCAGACAGGGUGAUUGUGCUAGAUAAAGGUCUGAUUGUCGAAUAUGAUUCUCCAGAAAAGUUACUUCGCAAUCCAUCUAGUUCUUUCUACAGUAUGGCUAAAGAUGCAGGUCUAGCUGCUUGAAAUGUAUAUCAUAAUGAUUUUUUGUAGCAGCUAUAUAUCUUUCGUGAGCCAACGUCAAAGAAAACAAAAGCCGUAUAGAACAAACAACGCAUAGCCUUAAUAUACAGAUUAAUUUGUAAAAUAGUAAAAUAUUUCUAUGCAAAGAAGAGAAAAAAAGUGGAAAACGUUUGGCGUAAUCGACGAUGCAAUACCAUUAAUUCUUCAUCAAAAUUGUCGCUAGAUCUUAUUUUAUGAUGAGGAAUUAUUCUUCCUGAUUGUAUUGUGGAUUAUCAAACUCUUUACAUUCUAGAAUAAGUUUUGUAGUGUCUUUCAUCACAAAAUAAGCAAUGCGACACACUUCAUUUGUAAACUGAUUAUCUCAAAAUUUAAACCGGACAGUAGUCGGGUGGACUUCAACAUGAUAAAUAUGUUAGCAUUUUGAUCAAUAGAGUAUGACUAAAUUAUUUUUUAUCAAGAGUAGACUAGAGUAGACUAAAUUAUUUUUUAUCAGCUUUUCUUCCUAUACUAUAUUUCUCUCCUUCAAGGAAUAUUUACAAUUUAAAAUAAAAAUAACAAUUU